UGGUUUCCAGUUUCUCCUCGGCCACCAACCUCCACAGGCUCUGUUUUCUGUGCUCUCUCCUCCCCUCUCUUCUCCACCAUUGGGUUUUUUUUUUUGCUCCUUUCUCUAACAGCAACAGGCAAGGAUGCGAGUCUCUCAGAAGUACUCUCCUUCUCAGAUCUCUCUGCACACCACCAAGAAAGAUUGCUGGUUGAUCAUCCAUGGCAAGGUUUAUGAUGUGACCAACUUCUUGGAGGAUCAUCCUGGAGGGGAUGAUGUGCUCCUGCAUGCCUCAGCCAAUGGAGAUGCAUCUCAGAAGUUUGACGAGGUGGGACACAGCUCCACAGCCGCGAGCCUGAUGGAGGGCUACUUGAUCGGCGUCGUCGAGGGCUACGAAGGCACCGCCGGCGGUGGAGGAGGCCCAAAGCGCAAGGAAGCAGUCACGGCCAGGACCGUGCAGGGGAGGAAACCACCAUCUUCCUCCAGCUUCUUGGAUCUCGUCCUUCCUGUGCUUAUCCUUGGUCUGGCCUUUGGCGCUUGGUAUUACCUCAACUUUAACUCCAAGGCCAAGGCCUAAUACCUAUCAAAGAGGCUCAGCUUUGGUUGGAUGUUCAUUCCUCGGUUGUUGAGUGGAUGGAGAGUCAUAUGAAAUAAAAAAGGCCUUAAAGAUGAUAUCUUUUUGGUGGACAGAGUGUUCCUAGUAGUGUAUGUUUGUUGUCAGGCUCUGCCCAUGUUUAUGCUGAAACUUUGAAUCAAUUUGAAGAAAUACAUGUUGGAAUUUGGAAGUGAACCCAUUACAUUAAUC